GAUUGUCUACAAGCUGACUGUGUACGAGUCUCCGAUAUAAACAAGAAAAACUACGGCUUCUUUCUCCGCCUUUUAAUAAUUAAAUAAAAUAAUAAAAUAAAAAUAAAGCUAACCUCAUUUGCCCUUCCUAUACACGAAGAGCUUCCCCCUCCUCUCUCUCUCUUAUUUAUUCUCUCUUUCUCUCUCUAAUUUUGGUCACACAAAAAAAACAAGAGAGAGUGAUGGCGUGCUCAAGUGUGGUCAAAUUGAACGCCGCCUCCUCAUCGUGGACCGCCGGCCAGAAGUCCGUCGUCAACCAGCGCCCUGGAUCGGCAUCGCGAUUCCCCGCCCGCCGCGUCUCCGUCGUCCGCGCCGGAUCUUACACCGAUGAACUCAUUAAAACCGCCAAAUCAAUUGCAUCUCCAGGCCGUGGAAUUCUUGCAAUCGAUGAAUCGAAUGCGACCUGCGGAAAGAGGUUGGAUUCGAUAGGACUUGAUAACACGGAAACAAACAGACAGGCAUAUAGACAGCUUCUGUUGACCACCCCUGGCCUGGGUGAAUAUAUAUCCGGAGCAAUUCUCUUUGAGGAGACGCUCUACCAAUCAACUACAGAUGGAAAGAAGUUUGUUGAUUGUUUGUCCGAUCAGAAUAUCGUACCUGGUAUCAAAGUUGAUAAGGGUCUGGUUCCCUUACCAGGAUCGAACAACGAAUCUUGGUGCCAGGGAUUAGAUGGACUUGCUUCACGUUCUGCUGAAUACUAUAAGCAAGGAGCUCGUUUUGCAAAAUGGAGAACUGUUGUUAGCAUACCAUGCGGUCCUUCUGCUUUGGCUGUUAAAGAAGCAGCUUGGGGUCUUGCUCGUUAUGCUGCUAUUUCUCAGGAUAACGGUCUAGUGCCUAUUGUAGAACCCGAGAUUCUUCUUGAUGGGGACCACCCCAUCGAGCGGACACUUGAGGUGGCGGAGCGUGUAUGGUCGGAAGUUUUCUACUACUUAGCAGAAAACAAUGUUGUCUUUGAAGGAAUUCUGCUUAAGCCCAGCAUGGUCACACCAGGUGCCGAACACAAAGAGAAGGCUUCUCCAGAUACCGUUGCCAAUUAUACCCUCACCAUGCUUAGAAGGAGAGUGCCUCCUGCCGUUCCAGGAAUCAUGUUCUUGUCGGGUGGGCAAUCUGAAGCAGAGGCAACAUUGAACCUGAAUGCAAUGAACCAAACUCCCAACCCGUGGCACGUGUCUUUCUCAUACGCACGAGCAUUGCAGAACACAGUGCUCAAGACAUGGCAAGGGCGCCCCGAGAACAUUGAUGCUGCACAACAAUCACUUUUGAUACGUGCGAAGGCUAACUCGUUGGCUCAGCUCGGAAAAUACUCGGCUCAGGGCGAGAGUGACGAGGCUAAGAAAGGAAUGUUCGUAAAGGGCUACACAUACUAAGUUUGCCCUUCCGGGACUUUUCGUUUCUUGUUUGGCAUUUUCGUGAUGUAAAUUAUGUAAUGCUUGAAUAAUAUGAUAGUACUAAUAAGUUCCCGUAGAACGAUUUCCCGAGCUUUGGCCUUUAAAAGGUGGAGUUGGUGAAGUUGAGGGAAUAGUUGCUUGUUCUUUUUGUUUCUAGUUGUUGAACUGAAACAUUCGGUUUGAACCAUGAUUUUGAUCAUAUUUUCUGUGAUUUUGACAAU